AUGUCUCAGCCUGCUCCCCUCCGUCUGGGCUCCGAAGCCCCCAACUUCAAGGCCGACACCACCCAGGGCCCCAUUGACUUCCACGAGUUCGUCGGCGACAACUGGGUCGUCUUCUUCUCCCACCCCGAGGACUACACGCCCGUGUGCACCACCGAGCUGGGCGCCUUUGCCAAGCUGCAGCCCGAGUUCACCAAGCGCGGCGUCAAGCUGAUUGGCCUGUCUGCCAACACCGUCGACUCCCACAAUGGCUGGAUCGACGACAUCAAGGAGGUCACUGGCGGCCAUGUCACUUUCCCCAUCAUUGGCGACAAGCAGCGCCAGGUUUCCCUGCUCUACGACAUGAUCGACCACCAGGACGCUACCAACGUCGAUGAAAAGGGCAUUGCCUUCACCAUCCGCUCCGUCUUCUUCAUCGACCCCAAGAAGAAGAUCCGCACCAUCCUCUCCUACCCUGCCUCCACCGGCCGCAACGCCUCCGAGGUCCUGCGCAUCAUCGACUCCCUCCAGACCGGCGACAAGUACCGCGUCACCACCCCCAUUAACUGGCAGCCCGGUGAGGAUGUCAUUGUCGCUCCCGUCAUCAAGGACGAGGAGGCCAAGAAGCUGUUCCCCAACUUCCGCACCAUCAAGCCUUACCUCCGCCUGACCUCCCUGCCUGAGGUCUCAUAG